GUCCCUCAUCAAGGCUUGGUGACAGUAUCAAGCCUGAUUUGUGGGUAACAUUUGCAAUCUACACAGUGUACAGUCUUGUCCAUGGGUUCCACGAUGCUGUGACAUCAAUCUGUAAAGAUCUUGUAAUCUGCACAGACAUUUCCACUCCAGCCAUGAUCGCUAAACUGAAAGAAGUAAAACUGGAUAUUUACCAGGAUGGUAACAGCAUCAACGUCUUUGACAGCAAUGGUGACGGAAACGUGGGGUACACUAUUUCCCAGAUUGUCCGGAACAAAAGUCUUUUGUAUAAAGAGGUUGGCCAUUCAUCAGAUAAGGGUAUCAUUUUGUCAAGACCUGUACAGCAACUGAUGACAUAUUUAAACUUUACUUCGGCUUGUCCAAACGAAUAUGAAUGUGCACAGUGCAGGAAGCAGUUUGAAAGCAAAAAAAUUGCUCAACCGAAUUCCGACAGAACAACCAUUUUCUAUUCGCUUGUUUCUGGUGCAAGUGUGCUCGGGUUGGUUGUCUUGGUGAUGUCAGGUUAUCUCUGCCGCCAAGUGCGGAGGAGGAAGACCCAGAAGAAAGAAGAUCCCUAUUCGACCAUAUAUCCGAGGGAUAGUUUCAUUCAGUGAAACAAAUCAACAUUCCCAAGUGCACCUUUGUAGAACUGUAUAACUACUCACAUUAUUAGCUAUCUGACAUCACCAUGAUCAAAUCUUCUUCUGUGUCAACUGAAGAGAUAUAAUCAACAACAAGAUUUCAUUCAGCAGACAAACAAUUAUAAUGUUAUCGUACGAAGUUGGUGUACUUCGUAUAUUUAUGUUUACUUACAUUUUCAGUUAUGUUUGUUUAUUCGAUUCUAUUGUGUACGAUUCGGUAAAUAUGCAAUGAUGUCCUUCUUAACACAUACGUCAUAAAUUAAAGAGGGAAAAUGAAAGUGAACCUAGAUAAUAAGCUAGAUAAUGCCUGUCCGAAUUAUGCUUUCCUGUUGACAACAUGCCAAAACAGAUACUUAGAAAAUGCGGAACAUAAUGAAAAUGUAUGCGAAAGAGUAAAAGUAAAAUGUACCGCAUGAAUUAAAGAUCGAUUUGUAAAACAUUUUCGGUUGCAAAAUUAUUUUUUCCUAAGAUGGAGAAUUCUAAAUUUAUAGGGGGAAACUAUUACCAACAACCAAUAUGCUUGUUUGUAAAAAUGAAACAUUAUUGUAGAAAACCCCAAAAGCCUCUCUUGUUUGAUGGUUAUUGAUGCUCUAGACUGUAACUGGGUUCAUUUUUCUUCGAUAACCUUAUAUUUUGUACUUUUUUCAUCACUUGUGAUGUAAAUAUAAGUCUACCUAUAAUUGUAUAAACAUGUACUUGUAUCAUAA